AUGGACUCCCCAGUCUCCGAGAAGCCAGACGCAUCAAGCUUCAAAGAUGAAGCCAAUCCACAGGGCAAUAUAAUCAAAACAGAACGGGGUGCCGACACCAACGUCGAACAUGCCUCCGCCUCCGAUACCGCAAGCCACGAAGAUAAACCCGAACUGCGUACUGGCGGCAAGCCCGUGCUAACAGAAGACGACUGCUACGAAAAGCUCGGUUUCUGCUUCCCAGUAUGGAAGAAAUGGAUGAUUCUCAGCGUCAUCUUCGCGGUUCAAAUGUCCAUGAACUUCAACACGGGCGUCUACGCCAACGCCGUCCCCGGUUUGACCGAAGAAUUCCACAUUAGUGAACAAGCCGCGCGAGUCGGACAGUGCGUGUUUCUAGUUGCAUACGCGUUCGGAUGUGAGCUCUGGGCACCAUGGAGCGAGGAAUUCGGCCGCUGGCCCAUCAUGCAGCUCUCCCUAUUCCUUGUGAACAUCUGGCAAAUUCCCUGCGCCCUCGCACCAAAUUACGGCACCAUCGUCGUAUGUCGUGUCCUCGGCGGGCUCAGUUCCGCCGGAGGCUCAGUGACCCUCGGUAUGACAGCCGAUAUGUGGGAAGCAGAUGACCAAGGCUACGCAGUCGCCUUUGUGGUUCUCUCGUCGGUAGGCGGAUCAACCGUUGGACCCUUUUUCGGCGGUAUGAUCGGCGAAUGGCUCUCAUGGCAAUGGGUAUUCUGGAUCCAAUUGAUCGUCGGUGCGGUGACGCAAAUCAUGCACUUCAUCAUCGUCCCAGAAACCCGCACGACGAUCCUAAUCGACCGCGAAGCGAAACGUCGCCGCAAGAAUGGAGAAGACAUCUACGGUCCGAAUGAACUCAAAACCCCACGUCUAGACCUCCACGACGUCCUACGAAUCUGGAUCCGACCAUUCGAGAUGUUCAUCCGCGAACCAAUCGUCCUCUUUCUCUCCCUCCUCUCCGGUUUCUCCGACGCUCUUAUCUUCGUCUUCACCGAGUCCUUCGCUCUAGUCUUCGAACAAUGGUCCUUCAGCACCCUAGCCGUCGGUCUAACCUUCGGCUCAAUCCUCAUCGGCUACGUAAUAGCAUACGUAAUAUUCUUACCGGACAUCCACCGCCAAAUUAAAACACGACGCAAAUGCGGCACAGCAAGUCGUCUCGCCGAGCGUCGUCUUCUCCUCCUCCUCUUCAUCGCACCCCUCGAACCAAUCGGCCUCCUUGGCUUCGCGUGGACAUCAAUGGGUCCGCCAAUCCCCUGGAUUGCGCCAUGCAUCUUCGCCUGCUUGAUAGCAAUGGCAAACUUCGCAAUCUACAUGGCAACCAUCGACUACAUGGUUGCGGCGUAUGGGCCAUACUCUGCGUCUGCGACGGGUGGUAAUGGCUUCGCACGAGACUUCCUCGCUGGUAUCGCGACCAUGUAUUCUGUCCCCAUGUACCAGAAUAUGGGGAGCAAGUAUCAUCUCCAGUGGGCGAGCACGCUGCUCGGCUGUGUGGGGUUCUUGGUCUUGAUUCCGAUUUAUGUGUUCUACUGGAAGGGUCCGGAGAUCCGGGCGAAGAGUAAAUUCGCGCAGCAGCUUGCUGCUGACCGUGAUAGGAAUGUUGAGAGUAGAAGGACUAGUCGGGCGAGGGCUUCAAUUGUGGCUUAG